AUGCUGGGAGCGUGCGGCAUGCAGAGGUGUCACCAGGAAGCGCUAAAGAAGAACCGGGUGAUGCUGGCGAAGCAGCUGGUUUUAAAAGAAUUGAUGGAGCAUAUGAUAGAGAAAGACAUCAUCACCACUGAGAUGAUGGAAAUGAUACAGGCCAAGUCAGGGAGCUUCAGCCAAAAUGUGGAAUUCCUAAAUUUGCUGCCCAAGAGAGGCCCUAACGCCUUCUCAGCCUUCUGUGAAGCUCUACGAGAAACUAAACAGCAGCAUCUGGAGGAAAUGAUCUUGAAGACAGAAUCCAACUUAAGCAAUGGGAUUUCAAAGCUGGAACACUGUUAUAAAUCGUAUCUUCCACUCCCUGUCCAUGAAUCAUGUAAUUCAAAGAGACCACGCUGGAUUGAACCAGUGGAACAUUCCUGGGAUAAUGGAGAUGGUCCCCCGAUUCCUCCAGUGAAGCACUGCACUCCGCAAUUCUAUCGUGAUCACCAGCACUUGGCAUACAAACUGAUAUCAGAGCCACGAGGCUUAGCACUUAUUCUCAGCAACGUGCAUUUCAGUAGUGAGAAGGACUUGGAGUACCGCUCAGGGGGAGAUGUAGACUGUACUGCACUGGAGAUGCUUUUCAAGCAUCUUGGGUACCAAGUGACUGUCUUUCAUGAUCAAACUGCACAGGAGAUGCAGAAUGCAUUGCAGAGAUUCUCUAAGCUGCCAGAUCAUCGAGAUGUGGAUUCCUGCAUUGUAGCCUUACUUUCCCAUGGUGUGGAGGGUGGGGUUUAUGGCAUUGAUGGCAAACUACUACAGUUGCAGGAGGCUUUCCGGCUCUUUGAUAAUGCAAACUGUCCAAAUCUCCAGAAUAAGCCCAAAAUGUUCUUUAUUCAGGCCUGCCGGGGAGAUGAGACAGACCGGGGAGUAGAUCAAAGAGAUGGGAAAGAAUGGUCAGAUUCCCCAGGCUGUGAGGAAAGUGAUGCAAACAAGGAAGAAAAUCUCAAGCUACGUCUGCCUACAUGCUCUGAUAUGAUCUGUGGAUAUGCUUGUCUGAAAGGCACUGCUGCCAUGCGAAACACCAAGCGUGGAUCCUGGUAUGUCGAGGCUCUCACUUCUGUGUUUGCAGAGGACUCCCGAGACACUCAUGUAGCUGACAUGUUGGUGAAGGUGAAUAGACAGAUCAAACAAAGAGAAGGUUAUGCCCCAGGCACAGAAUUCCAUCGCUGUAAGGAAAUGUCGGAAUACUGUAGCACGCUCUGUCGGGACCUUUACCUGUUUCCUGGCUAUCUGGCAAGAAAUUAACCCUGCCAGUUCUCUUGGAAGAGUUAUACUGCCAAAGCUGAACUCUGAGUAUGGAUGUCUACAUUUUUCUUCUUAUGGGCUUUGAUACCAGAUGCCCAAGCAAGGGAUGCUUGUUUGUGUCUGGUCAGGCCAAUUCUUGAAGUUCUUUUUCUAAAAUAAUCUAGCAACUAUUGGUAAUCUGAUUAAAUUCAGGGUUUAAAGCUCUAAUGUCCUGGCUUAUUCCAUAUAUAGAUGGAAUAGAUGUAUAGAUGUUGGCGAACAGACAGAACUGAAACUGGGAAGAAGUGGCAGCAUCCUUUGGAAGGAGACAAAGGCAUUUGCAAGCAACAUGAAUGCAGAAAAGGAAACUGACUAUUCAUAUAGAAAAGUAUUUCUAAAAGGAAAAUUAUUCCUAAGUUGCUAUUUAUGCUUUUAUGUCAAAAUUUUAAAGUAAUUUUUGCCUGGUUCUUCAUGCAGUACAGUUAGAUCCUGUGCACAUUAGAAAAGGACUCCCUUGUGAAAGAGAACCCUUCUCCUUUCUAAAAUGUUAGUGUUUUCAGUAUUUGGCACUUCACAAUUCAUCUUGAUCACUUAAAGUCUGAUUUUGCACGUGUUCCUUCUGUAGCUAAAUUAUCAGAAGAACCACAAGACAUCCCAGGUUAGCAGGAAAGCAAAUGGAGACCCAGGACUCCCAGUACCCAGGAGUGGGUCUCCAUAAACUGCCCCAGAAAUAGUUAGAAAUUAGCUAGAAAUUCUAGAUUAAAUUAGUUAGAAAUUCUAGGUUAGUUCCGCUUAGUCCCAAAUGUAAGCAACUGUGUAGAGUAUCACUUUGAUGAAUUAGUUUGCCAUUGUAGCUACAUGUCACAAUAAAUACAGCAUUCAGACACUCCACCUACUUCUCAGCAGUCUAUAAAUUGAGCUAUACAACUGAAACCCCACAACCUCGUACAAAAGGAUGUCUUGGCUUUUGUUUAAUUAACAAAAAUAAUCAAGGCAGCUCUUUACAGUUUAAGCAUGUUGCUUGGAUUAUUCAUCAAUGCAGUUUGUUUCCCUUUCAUUUAAAAGGGAAGCAUUUUACAUUAUAAUUACCCUCAUUCCGUUAAUUUUCUUACUUCAGCCAUUAUAAUUUAAAGCUAUUUGUUUAGCUAAUACUGUUUGCAAAAUGUUACUGUAACUGGUCAAUCAGAAAUGUAGUGGCAUAAUCCAUCACUUCUUUUGGAAGUUUCCUACGCGUUCUCUUCAUACUGUAAUUUGCCUCUUGUGUCCUGUUUCAGUUGCUGCCAUGUGAUGCAAUGGGGGAGAUGGGCGUUAUUCUGUUUUGUGGUAGCCUAAAUCCUGAUAUACUGGAUUACAUACGGACUACAGUCUGUAUACUUGAGUCUCUAUCUUCUCUGUUCUGUCACAGUAGGGUGACAGUUCCUGGCUUGUUCUUUAAGCGUGGCUUUUUUUAAUCUAUGUUUCAAGAUAGAAUUAUGAAUAGGAAGCACAAAGGGAUGCAGAUUAUCUUGCACAAAACAUGUAGUAAACAGAUCAAGGAUCAUACUUGCCAAUGGAUGCCUUACUCUGAAGUUAAGAUACCAAUUUAGGGCUGUUGUUUCUCCCUGGAAUAUAAACAUUUUCUUCCUGAGUGCUCCUUCUUUGAAAUGGUGCAAUAUUGUACAGAUAUGUGUAUUGAUGAAGUGCUCCAGCUUUCUGUAUGAUUGCAUCAAGUUGCAUUAUCACUGCCACUUUCGUAUAUACUUUUUGUAUACCUGUAUUUUACUGCC